GAAACUUGAUGCACCCGAGCGAGUCGAUCAGACCUCGUCCGGCAUCUCCACUGUAGCGUGUCCAUUUUAGCGUAAACGCGCGGGGCAAAAUCCCUCGAACUUUGAGUGGUGACCAUCGAUUUACCACUGAGGCAUCCUCCACUUCCCAGACCGUGACUCCGGCGGGCUUUACAGCUAGCAUCGAAUCAUAACAGCGAUACCCAGUGCCGCAUAGGUCAGGAUGUGCGCAAAUCAUAGGGAAAAGAGCAUCGAUUCUAUAUCAGGUCGACGCGAUGAACGACAGGAACGGCUGAAGGCGAUAGCGGAGGAGACACUGGCGGCCAUCGAUCAAGGAUCGUAUCAUUUGAACGACACCGUCUAUGAUCUAAACGCAGACGUUAUAUCGUCAAAGAAGGGUACUCAGUACUACGCUCCUGAUUCAUUGCUAUAUGCAUGGAAGUCGAUGGCUUCCACACCUCAGUCAUCUGCGGCGGUAGAAAUCUCAUUGCUCGAGAUCUCCACACUUGAAGGGGCCCGCCUGCUUUCCACUUUCAGUGAUCCUCCUCCACGCGUCGGCGUGCUCAAUUUCGCGUCCGCAACGAGUCCAGGCGGCGGUUUCAAAAAUGGUGCGCAAGCGCAGGAGGAAUCGAUCGCACGUUCUUCCACGCUCUAUCUCACGCUUGUUACGCCCCUCUCUCAGACAUUCUACGCCCUGCACCUGCGCGAUGGUCGAGACGGGUACUAUUCGCAUGCCAUGCUUUACUCGCCUGGUGUCAUCGUCUUUCGUGACGAUGCGGGAGGCUGGGUCGAGCCCUAUCGCAUGGAUGUUCUCACCAGCUGCGCGGUGAAUGCUGGUGUGGUUCGCCGGGAAUCCCAGGGAGACGACGAUGGAUCCGUCACUGAGACGAAGAUUGCACGCAUCAUGCGCGAACGCAUGGCGAGGAUACUAUUCUUGUUCGAGCGCCAGGGCAUUAAGAACGUGGUCCUGGGCAGCUUUGGAACCGGCGUGUUCAAGAACGACGUGAGCCUCGUGGCGAACGUGUGGGCGGACUUGCUGUUGCAGGAUGGCGGGAGGUUCAAGGGCUCGUUUGAGCGUGUCGUCUUCGCUAUCCUAGGCAGAUCGACAUUCGAAGAAUUCGAGCGAGUUUUCGCAGAAAGAGAGUCGUUAUCCAGUGCUGCCGGAAAGUCUGAAAAUUAACAAUCGUUGUUGCUUAUUCCUCACACUGUCGGAUCUGGUACGCUACAACGCUUGUAACUUUUUGCUCGUAUCAAUACACAACUCAUCUCCGAAGAUGAUGCGCAGAAGCGGCCGUAACGUUACCUACAC